CAGCGCUCAAGUGUCCUCAUAACUUGGACGUCUAUUUUGUUCUAAUCUAACGGCUCUCAAGUCUGGGUUACCGCAUCGCUUGAACGACCGCGAUCAAAAACAUGAAUUCACAACAGGCCUAUUCAACCAUAAAUCUUCUAGAAGCAAAACAAGCCUUGUUGUCACGCUUAUUUACAGACGAGAGUAUAGUUGUGAACUGUUCGGUUUUAUUCUGUAUAUAGUACCCAGUUAAUCUGAGACGAAUUCGCAAAACUUGCUGCUUCAAAGGAUUCUUUAACAUUCUACGACACUAUGCAUCGACUCGAGAAAAUGUGUUACAUGUCACUACUGAUCGUCACAUUUUCUCAGAAAUACGUUGAGGCAAUGUGUCAGAGAAAUCGAGAUUGUGUCACAUUUCAAGCACCUUUUAGCAACAGAAGAUAUUGUUGUAAUCGACGGUUUUGCUGCACUUGGGAUCAGUAUAGAAAUCGAACAAGAUCUGAUCCCGUUGUGGCGUUAAGCAUUGGAGCAAUCGUUGCCAUCGUAUUCGGGGUGAUAUUGUUUUUCGUCAUAGUUGCAGUAGUUGUUGCACGAUUUUGCAAGAAAAAAUCUCGAACAACUCUUCCAGGAAACACAGAAACUCCGAGUUCGCCUCACACAGUUACUCGUAACGGCCAACACGAGUCUUUUGAACGCAAUAUGCCGGAAUAUGAUUCAGCCGACUACGAGACAAAUACUCGCAAAUUGCCUUCUGCACCAUGGUACGCUCCACCACCAUCAAGAGAACGUACAGAUCGUAACACCUACGAAACUGCUCCGCCGCCUUACAAUUACAACACGUGAUAUAUACAUAAAGUAGUUGCCAGAUUUUUCUAUACAAGCGUAUUUUGCAAUAACUGUGAAUCGACUUUGAAUGUAUGAUGAAUGCACUUCUGUUAUUGCGACUGCUGCAACAGUAUUGUUUCUCUUUAUUGCACUUAGCUUCCAGCCUGCUUGGUUGGAAGUAUCGCAUGUUGCUGUAUACACUCAGCGUGGUGUUGCAUUUAACACACUCUUAGCCGUCCUUGCAAGAUCCAAAUUUUAUGUCAAACUCAGAAGAGGCUAUUCAUUAAGUGGUGUUGCUACUAGUUUUGACUAUUUGCUCAGAUACUUCUCUGUAGCUUUGGAAAAUAUUUGAAUAAAAUAAUCAGAUUUUUAUUACAUUUAACUGACAAAUAUUAUGCAAAAGCGACCAACAGUAAUGUAUCUUUUUGUUAGGUUUAACAUUUUUGACUGUUUGUUUUAAAUUGUAAAAAGAGUCUACAUUUUGUUAAUCUGUUUUAUUCUGAUCUGAUUUUAUUUUUUCAAUAAAUAUUGGGUGGACAUUUGAUUCUGGCAAGUUCACCCUGCCUAGAGCCUGAUACUUUUACUUCCGUAAUUACGAUGAAUGGUAUGAACAACCGCCAUAAUAUACAGAAAAUGGAAUAAGUAUAGAUACCCCUUUAUGCUCGGGUCCAACUAUCCGGUUCCACCAACAGAAAAUAGCCGGAAUGGAGCAAGGGAUAAAUUUUAGUGUAUUAUCGCCACGACGUCAAAGGUGACAUAAUUAACGAAUAGGAAAAAAUGAAUCUAAAAAGCGAACCAUCUUAUUCCCACGAAUUAAUGACAAUGUCAACGGCAGUAAAAGGGAUAUAAAAUUUAGUUCAGACAGAAUAGCGGAGAUCAGCGCCAGGGCAUCGGCUCGGAACAAGAUUUAAAUAAAACCAUGUCGAUUGCAAAAAAAUUCGAAAUUGCGUCAAAUAUUCCCAUAUCAUGAUAGAAAUAAAAACCAUAUCAUAUUUCAAAUAGAUUUUCUGUGUGGCUUUCAUGUUGGGAGUAUUAAUGCCAACGUUCUUACUACUACACGAAUGGGUGUAAAAACUAAGAAAAUGAAGCAAAAGUCGGUUUCACGAUCUUAUUGCCGACAUUAUCUAUAUCCAAUGUUAAAUUAACUAAUAACACUCA